CACACGUGACGGGAAUCAAGCACAAGAAACAAGACACCGCAAGAGAAGAACGAACACGCGCCCAUCGAACGCCAAGGCGGCCUCCAUCAUGUCCCUCUUCGGGCAGGCCACAGCUGCAACGACGCUGACAAGCGCCAAUAACGAGCUCAAGAACGAUUUUGAAGUCUCACAGCCCCCCGAGGAUUCAAUCUCCUCCCUCACCUUUUCACCCGUCGCCGAACUGCUUGCUGUGUCCUCGUGGGACAAGAAGGUUCGCAUCUACGAAGUCGCGCAGAAUGGCACAACACAGGGAAAGGCCCUCUAUGAUCACGAGGGGCCCGCGUUGUGCACAUCCUGGUCCAAAGAUGGUACAAAAGUUGCAUCUGGCGGCGCCGACAAGGCAGGCCGGCUAUUUGAUCUUGGCUCUGGCUCCUCCUCACAAGUGGCAGUACACGAUCAGACGAUCAGAUGCUGUGAGUUCAUCGAGGUGAAUGGCCAACAAAUCUUGGCAACGGGGUCAUGGGACAAGACGGUCAAGUACUGGGACUUGCGACAACAGCAGGCGGUUGCUACUCUUCAGCUUCCCGAAAGAUGUUACAGCAUGUCAGUCAAGGACUCUCUCAUGGUGGUUGCGACGGCUGAACGCCAUAUUUGCGUCGUGAAUCUUUCAAAUCCUGCAGCCAUCUUCAAGUCCACUGUCUCGCCACUCAAAUUCCAAACACGCGUCGUCAGCUGCUUCGUCAAGGGCAAUGGAUACGCCGUUGGCUCAGUCGAAGGCCGAUGCGCUAUCCAAUAUGUCGACGAGAAGGACUCGAGCCUCAACUUUUCAUUCAAAUGUCAUCGCGUCACAGAAGGCUUGUCCGCCAAUGCAAGCAAUGUCUUUUCCGUCAACGCCAUUUCCUUUCACCCACGACAUGGUACCUUUUCUACUGCUGGCUCAGACGGUACCUUCCACUUUUGGGACAAAGAUUCGAAGCACCGCCUCAAGGGCUAUGCAUCUGUUGGCGGUACCAUUCCCUGCACUGCCUUUUCGCGCACCGGCGACAUCUUUGCGUAUGCGGUCAGCUAUGACUGGAGUAAAGGACACAGCGGCAACACACAGCAGUAUCCGAAUAAGAUUAUGCUGCAUCCCGUCGGGCCAGAGGAGCUCAAGCCAAAGGCGAAGAAGACCACUGGCAGAUAAGUCCACCGGACACCGCGUAUCCGAUAUUAUGCUCAUGUCACUAAGGCAGCCUCCUGUAGCUCCUGUAGCGAUACAACGUUAUGUCCUCAAGCGGCUUUUCAGCUGCUUCCCGCACGUUUCUACGACAUUGAAAAUCCAGACUCUGAACUUCGAGUCAGAAGUAGUCUAACAGA